GUAGGAUUGCAGUGUGUAGCUGCAGACACUUCUCCUAGGAAGCAUCUCUGUGCAGAGCUAAUCUUCAUUAAUCCCCCCACUUCUGCAGAAUCCACAGGGUCCCAAGCAAUGACCUUCUAUGGACAGCAAUGGAUUUACUGCUGGAGGCUGAGUGCAGGGGGCAUUUAAACCUGAGAGUCUGAGUUUGAAGCAGGUUGAUCCUAUCUACCCCUCUGGAAUCUGCAUGCUGAAAGGCUCUUGUUUGGGGUCUCCCAGCCCAUCCCUUCCCCAGUUCUGUAUCCCUGCUUUUAAGUGGGGAGGGGGAUAUCUCUUACAGGUUGCUGAUUUGCAGGCAAAAUUAAAAAAGGGGGAAUUUGGAGACUCUCUUUUAUUUUUGGGGGGUGUUCCAGCAAUACUAACUGAGGUGGAUUUUUAUUAUUUUGUUUUACAUUUUUUUUCUGGAUUGGUCCAAUACUGAAAAUGGAGGCUGUUAUAGAAAAGGAGUGCAGUGCUCUGGGAGGGCUCUUCCAAAACAUCAUUAGUGAUAUGAAGGGGAGUUAUCCUGUUUGGGAAGAUUUUAUAAAUAAAGCUGGAAAGUUGCAGUCCCAACUUCGGACCACUGUCGUGGCGGCGGCUGCGUUUCUAGACGCCUUUCAGAAAGUGGCAGACAUGGCAACAAACACCAGAGGUGCUACGAGAGAAGUGGGCUCUGCGCUUACCAGGAUGUGUAUGAGGCAUCGGAGCAUAGAGUCCAAACUCAGGCAGUUUUCCAGCGCGUUAAUCGACUGCUUGAUCAACCCCCUGCAAGAGCAGAUGGAGGAAUGGAAGAAAGUUGCCACUCAGCUGGAUAAAGAUCAUGCAAAAGAAUACAAGAAAGCCCGUCAAGAGAUCAAAAAGAAAUCGUCAGACACAUUAAAAUUGCAAAAAAAAGCAAAGAAAGGAAGAGGAGAUAUUCAGCCGCAGCUGGACAGUGCACUGCAAGAUGUCAAUGACAAGUACUUGCUUCUGGAGGAGACGGAGAAGCAGGCAGUGAGAAAGGCCCUUAUCGAAGAACGCAGCCGUUUCUGUACUUUUAUCUCCAUGCUGAGACCAGUCAUUGAGGAAGAAAUCUCAAUGCUGGGAGAGAUUACCCACCUGCAAACCAUAUCUGAGGAUCUGAAGAAUCUCACCAUGGAUCCACAUAAACUGCCUUCUGCCAGCGAGCAGGUGAUUCAUGAUUUGAAAGGCUCGGACUAUACCUGGUCUUACCAGACUCCACCAUCGUCGCCAAGCACCACGAUGUCUCGCAAAUCCAGUGUCUGCAGCAGUCUGAACAGCGUUAACAGUAGUGACUCCAGAUCGAGUGGCUCUCACUCACACUCACCCACUUCACACUAUCGCUAUCGCAGCUCCAAUCUGCCUCAGCAGGCCCCCAUGCGGCUGUCCAGUGUCUCCUCCCACGACUCCGGCUUCAUUUCCCAGGAUGCCUUUCAGUCGAAGUCUCCAUCUCCUAUGCCGCCUGAGGCUGUUAAUCAGAAUUCGUCCAGUUCUGCAUCUUCAGAAGCCUCAGAAACCUGCCAGUCUGUGAGUGAGUGCAGCUCCCCUACAUCGGUGAGCUCUGGUUCCACCAUGGGAGCGUGGGCCUCCACUGACAAGUUAUCUAAUGGGUUUUAUCACAAUAGUCUGUCCAGUGACCUGGCCUCAUCCGCAGGCCCUUUCACCCAUUACCCGCUUCCCGCAUCCCGUCCCUGGACCCGCUCUAGUUCUGUCCUCCCAGAAUGCCAUCACUAUUACACCAUUGGUCCAGGCAUUUUACCAUCAUCUAAGAUCCCUUCCUGGAAGGACUGGGCUAAGCCAGGUCCAUACGACCAGCCAUUGGUGAACACCCUUCAGCGGCGCAAACGUGAAGCCGACCCAAAUGGAGAAGCCCAAAUUGUAACUCCAGGAGAUACCGAUGAUGCUCCGAGUCCCAAGAACACAAGUGUAUCUUCCGCAUCCAGGCAGGGAGAGGAAGCGGAGAACUGCGAUGAGUUGGCACUGGCACUGAGUAGGGGUUUGCAGCUAGACACCCAGAGGAGCAGUCGGGAUUCGUUGCAGUGUUCGAGUGGCUACAGCACCCAGACAACCACUCCGUGCUGCUCGGAGGACACCAUCCCAUCACAAGUUUCAGAUUACGAUUACUUCUCUGUUAGUGGCGAUCAGGAGGGAGAUCAACAGGAUUUUGACAAAUCCUCCACCAUCCCAAGAAACAGUGAUAUCAGCCAGUCUUACAGAAGGAUGUUUCAAGCUAAGCGCCCAGCUUCUACUGCUGGACUGCCAGCUACCUUUGGACCUGUUAUUGUCACUCCUGGAGUGGCCACCAUCCGAAGGACCCCAUCUACCAAACCAUCCGUGAGACGUGGCACCAUUGGAGGAGGUCCUAUUCCAAUAAAAACACCUGUGAUUCCUGUUAAAACACCAACAGUGCCGGACAUCCCAAGUGGUCCAACAAGCAGCACAAGUGAAGAUUAUUCAGAGCAAAUUCCUGAUUCACCUUCUGCCUCUGAAGGUGGUGUGCUUACCAGCGACAUGCCAUCUUCUUUGUGGAGUGGGCAAGCCUCUGUCAACCCUCCAGUGCCUGGGAUACAAGGCUUGGUUGCAGCAGACCAAAGGCAAGGAAGACCAGAAAAUGAAGAUGAAGAGGAUGAACAGGAUUGUUCCCCUACCCUAGAACCCACAGCACCAGCAGAGUCUGAAUUGGCAGAACCUCCCAUAGGAGAUGUCCAAGGUGAAGACAUGCUCAACGCAAUUCGCCGUGGUGUCAGGCUGAAGAAAACCACCACCAAUGAUCGUUCAGCUCCUCGACUCUCUUAGAAGAAAAGGAGACCUUCUGAAAGGGAGAGAUUGGCGUUCAAAAAAAGAA